AUGGGGGAGUCGGUUCCAUUUGAGGCUGAUGAUGACGACGACGACGACGACGAUGAUGAUGAUGAUGAGAAUGACGACGGUCGAAUAAGGGCAUUCGACGACGAAGAUGAGGAUGAGGACGGCGAUGAAGGUGAUGGUGAAGGUGACGAACGCUGGGCCCUUCAGGGGGUUGGUAGUAGUGACGACGAAUUCUCGCCUCCUGCUUCUCCUUCUUCGUCGUCGUCGUCUUCCUCCGCCUCAUCAAGCGACAACGACGACGACAACGACAACGACCAAACCGAGCCGACGUGGGAGGACCUUCGCCAGGGAUUUGAUCGCAUCCAUAGUAAGAUCGACGUGCUCCUGGCCGAAGUGCGCCGUCGGAACGCCGAGCAUGACCUGUGGAUGAAAUGGUAUACAGGGGAGGUGGAGCGGAUCGAGGUCCACAGGGCGUUCCUCAGGGCCGAACGUGCACGGCGGGCACCUGUUCUGGCAAGAAGGGAGGGUCAGGCGGCCGUGUGGGUACCUGGUGUUCCGCUGGGUUCCAUUCCUUGCACAUGCAUACUGUCGAUAGACCGUCUGUCGAGAUUCCAUGCUGCAGAUAGACUGUCUGUCUAG